GAUCCCGUGGUCUCCCUCGUGCUCCGCGGUGACGCACGAUAAGCAAACCAAACCCUGUCAUACAUUUGUAUUAAGUGCGCCUCCUCUUUUAUCCAGGUGAGUGUUGUGUAAUUUCACUUUCGACCCACUGCCACUCCCACUGAAAUGAAAAAAAAGCACCAACCCUUUUUUAUAUCUGCGUGACCACAUCAUGUCCAUAACUAAAUAAGUGUCACGGACAGGCAGCCCAAAACCGCCUCGAGAAAAGGUCCGCUCGGUCGGCUGCUUUCACCUCAAACGUUCUGCGGCGCGAGGGCCCCGCGCGCCUGGGAGAAGCCUGUGACGAAUGCUGCGAGGCGACGACAGGAGGAAACUGGUUCGACCGGAACUUGAAAACGCUUCUAAGAACAGUGAGACUUCUGAGACGCAGUCAGACAGACCUGCAGUGAGGACUGACAUCGUACAGACAUGGUGGCCACGGUUGGCAGAUUGACUGAGAACAACCCUGAUAUACCCGAUGAACAGCAGCAGAAACCGCCCCUGAGAAUCAUGCUUCUCGGGAAGAGCGGGGUUGGCAAGAGCUCAAGUGGGAACACCAUCCUCGGGCGGGAGGCGUUUGAAUCGGACAUGAAGCUGACGAGGGUCACUAAAUACUGUGAGAAGCAGAGCGGGACGGUCAACGGCGUCCCCGUCGCCGGCGAGGUUCGGGACGUGCCCGUCUCCGUGAUGGACACGCCCGGCCUUUUCGAGACGGGCCGCAAGGAGGAGGUGGUCCUGCGAGAGAUUCUGAAGUGCGUCAAACUCCACGAGCCGGGUCCUCACGUCUUUGUGCUGACGCUGGCUGUGGGGAGGAUGACGCAGGAAGAUCAAGAUACCAACAGACUGAUCGAAGAGAUGUUCGGCCCCAGAGUGUGGGACUACACCAUCGUGCUGUUCACCUACGGGGAUCGCCUGGCUCACAAGAACAUAAACGACGUCAUCUCGGAGAGCGACGGCAACCUGCGCAACUUCAUACGCAAGUGCAGCGGCGGCUUCCACGUCUUUGACAACAAGAGCCCAGAGGACCAGGACCAGGUGACCAGCUUUGUGUCAAAGAUCCAGACGCUGGUGGCCCUGAAUGGAGGGGGACAUUACGACAACUCCCUGUAUCCCCAAGUGGAGAGAUGGAUCAGGAAAGAACAGGAGAGGAUCCUGGCGCGGAGAAAGAACGAGAUCGUUGGUCAGGAGAGAGCGCUGCUGGAGCGUUUCCAAGGGGAAGAGUUGGAGGAGGAGAAGAACCAGCUGUGGAGGAGAGAGGAAGACAAAUCAAGGGUGGCUGCAGAGAAAGCGGUCCGCAGUUUCUUGUACAUGCCGAUAUUCAUCCUCUUCCUGGGAGCAAUAGCGAUGGUAGCUUUUUUUAAUCAGCUACCAAUUCCGUAUCUUGAGGCGGGGAUUCUGGUUAUCGCUUUGAUUUUCUUAUAUGUGACACGUGAGUCUAUUUUGCCAAAAAUACCUGGGCUUCUCCAGAGAAUUCAAUGGCCAGAGAUGCUGACACCGAGGCAUUGAUUUAAAUUCUUCAGUUAAUAAUUAGACACCAAAGAAACAAGUUCUGAAUUCUAACGAUUUCUGUGACUCUGACUUAAUCUACUGUCAUGUAACACAACUGUAAAACUUGCUAAUAAACAUUGUAUUAUCAACAAGUCAAAA